ACUACAAUCCGAUUUUCCUGCGGCCUGAGUUCUUGCUCAGAUUCGAUGCGGUGGAAUGUGGGCUAGCUUGCAGGGCUUCUUCUCACAGUGCGAGCCCCCUUUUAAAGGUCUACCAUAACUCUCGAGGAAUAUAACUGACCCGUGAUCUGACAGAAAUACCCAGAGCUUCGUCUCAGGAAACUACAGCGGAAACGUGAACAGCAACAACCACACCGUUAAUCAUUAUUAUUAUGGGUCCAGUGGAAGCAAUUCCAAAGGUAGACGCGAUGCUAUUAUUGCACUAGCUGGUGAUCUUGAACCUAACGUUUUACAGAGCCCGAAUUUCACUGGAUGGUCGCCUAUAGCCGCAACGACACAUUCACGGGGCGUAAGGAUAUAAUUGCACAUCUGAAGGAGCUGUUAGAAGAUCGGAAUUACAGCCGUGUUGCUUUGUACGGAUUAGGUGGUGCUGGGUCUGUCUGCUUCCCGAUUCCUCUCUAAACCUGGUAUUGUAACUAUUGUGUACUUUGCUAACAUCCUGUGGGUUAGUAAAACCCAAAUCGCGCUCGAGUACGUUCACCAGUGCAAAGGUCUGAGCCAUGUGUUCUGGGUGCAUGGAAGUAGCUUUCUGAAAUUCGGCGAAGAUUACCGACGAAUUUUUCAAACUGUGGGAAUAUCCCAUGGGGGCCCCGAACCGAGUGAGAAUGAACAACUGUCGGAAGUCAAAAAGUGGUUCGAGUCACCGGCCAGUGGGAGCUGGAUCAUGAUUCUUGACAACGCCGAUAACGAGGCGGAUUUCUCAGGCAAUAAGAGCCCUGUAUCGAGAUUCGUACCACAGAGUUCCAGCGGAAAGAUCGUUAUUACGACACGAUCGAGGGUGGUCGCCAGCCGCCAAGGUUGCAAUGUUGUUGAAGUGGGGAAGAUGCCGGCUGAGGAAGCUAGGGAACUCUUCUUUCAGCGAUUUGGCAGCACCGUUAGAUUGCAGGAUCAUGACUUCGAGGCUGUUGAUAUGUUGCUUGAUGCCCUAGAUCAACUUCCCUUAGCCAUAGCUGGUGCGUCAGCUUUCAUGACCGAGACACAGACACUUCCAUCUGAGUACUGGAGAAUUUUCCAGGAGAGUGAUAAGCGGCGGAAAGCGCUACUCUCGGAACAGUUUUGCGAUAUUCGUCGGGAGGUAGACAUGACGGAGAGCAUUCUGAGCACUUACUUUAUCACCUUCGAGCGGAUAAAAGAGCAAAACCCGAAGGGAGCUGAUCUUCUCCGGUUAAUCGCGUUCUUUGAUCGUCACAAAAUACCGGAAGAAUUAUUCCUUAAAUCCGGCUUAGAGGGAAUGGAUCACCCGAUUGAAUUCCGCAGGGCGAUCGGAACACUUUUGAGCUUCUCACUUGUCACCCAAGCGGAGGACACGCCAGUGUAUGAACUCCAUAGAUUGGUGCAGCACUCUAUUCAAGUAUACCUAUCUCAGGAGGAGGUGUGCAAAUGGAGGAGAAUAGGAUUGAUGGUGGUAUCAAGACUAUUUCCUCACUAUGAACACAACGUGCGUCAUAUAUGUGCUACUUACCUUCCUCAUGCACUCGCCAUAGUUAAGAACUCGGAUGAUCCCUUGGCUAGUCCUGUUCGCUAUCGUGUGUCGAUGUAUCUCUGUGAUGUUGGUUAUUACAGUGAAGCGGAGAUUCAAAUUCGGCGGUGCAUUCAACUUGAAGCCGACGCGGACGAAAAGGACCCUGGGUCGCUAGCAAGAUACGGUCUUCUUGCUGCGGUGUUGCAAGCAAGGGGUAGAUACGAGGAAGCCGAAAAAAUCGGCCGGCAUGUCCUUGAAGGGAGAGAGAACGCACUUGGGCCGGAUCACAUUGAUACCCUCGCGAGCGUUAGUUCCCUUGCUCUGGUCUUAGGGCUAUUGGGAAAACACGUCGAAGCAGAGAGAUUGAAUAGGCGCGCCCUCGAAGGUAGACAAAAAAUAUUGGGCCCUAGAAAUGUUGACACACUCGCUAGUCUCAGCAACCUAUCCCUUGUAUUGCGGGAUUUGGGGAGGUAUGAUGAGGCAGAGAGUCUGAGCCGGCGUGCGCUCGAAGGCAGAGAGGAAGCACUUGGACCCGAGCACCCCGAUACCCUGAACAGCCUCAGUGUUCUGGUUUGGAUUUUGGACGUUCUAGGAAAAUAUGACGAAGGGGAAAGGACGAACCAACGCGCAUUAGAUGCUAGACAGAGGGUCUUGGGACCGGGACACCCCGACACACUUUCUAGUCUCCAUCGCCACGGGUUCGUGUUACGGAGGCUCGGGAAGUACGCAGAAGCGGAAAAGUUCUAUCGAAACGCACUUGAAGGACGAGAAAAGAAGCUGGGGCCGGAGCACCCCGAUACCUUAUCCAGUGUUGAUGACUGGGCCAUGGUCUUGUUAGAUUUGGGGAAAUACGCCGAAGCAGAACAAUCUGCGCGACGUGCACUCGAGGGGUAUCGGAAGUUACGGGGCCCAGACCACCCAUCCACUUUCAUGGCUAUGGGUAAUCUAGGUUCGGUACUGCAGAAAUUGGGAAGGUACGACGAAGCAGAGACGAUGCUUAGGAUGGCGGUUGGAGGGAGUGAGAAAGUCCUAGGUCCGGAGAGUAUGGUGACGCUGCUAAGCGCUAAUAACCUAGCUCUACUCCUUCACCAUCUUGGAUGUUUUGAGGAAUCAGAGAAACUUCAGAGACGUGUGUUUGAAAACAGAGAGAAGACGUUCGGCCCAAUGAACGCGGCUACUCUAAGCAGCCUCAAAAAUCUGGCUUCGGUAUUGCGUGACCAAGGAAAAAACAAGGAAACCGAGGAGAUGCUUCUAAGAGCGUUAAAAUGCUGUACGGAAUUGUAUGGGGAGGAGCACAUAGAGGCCUUGACGUGUGCCGAGGACCUGGCGUUGUUUUUAUAUUUCCGCCAAGGGUAUCAAGAAGCAGAGAACAUGCAGAAGCGUGUAUUGGAAGGAAGAAAGAAGAAGGUUGGGUUGGAUCACCCUAAUACACUCAUCAGUGCCAACAACCUAGCCGCAAUCCUUGCGGAUUUGGGUAGGUAUGAGGAGGCAGAGAAAUUGUGCCGUUGGGCAUUUGAAGGUAGCGAGAGGGUGCUAGGAUUGGCUCAUCCGCAGACCUUGAGAAAUUUGAAAAAUUUAGCUUCGCUGCUGCAGCGUGCGGAAGAGUCUGGUGAGGCAGUGGGACUACCCCAGCAUCCGCAAGAUUUUGAAGGUCAUGUGAUCUAGGUGCUACGUUUUUUGUAGAUUUGGGACCUAUGCCCAUAUUUAUUUCUCUAUCCUGUCGUUUCUACCAAGAGAAAGGGCAGCGACUUUGCCAUAUGGUCUAAACGUACACUUUUGUCUUCAAGCACAGUGCAAUAUAGAUUGAGAUUGGAAGUUACCUUCUAUGUUAUGAUAGGGGGU